AUGCUUGGUCAAGAUCGUUCUCCACGCGAACACAACCUUGAAAUGAGUAACGCGUAUGGUCAUCAUGCUGGUGAACCAAUUGAAUGCUUGAGUAUCGCUGUUGAAUUGCGCAAAGAACAGUUUACCGAUGCAAAUGGCCAGCAGGUUCGUAUUGCUUGA